AUGAAUGAUGAAGCUAACUCAAAUUCGACUGUGCAGGUUCAAACAGUAACAGCCGUAAUACAUUCUGCACCAAAACCAUCCACCAAUGCCGAGCCUCGCACAUCAAAAAUCACCAGCAAUAGAAAUCUAGCUUCUUCUAAAAUUGACUAUGAUGAAAUCACACUAUAUCCGGAUAGUUCUAAAACUCUUGAUACCAACAAAAACAAUCCGUUCCCUGAUUUGUCUCUUUCGACGUUACACCUUUCUGGCCUUGAUGUUGACUCUAUCGUGUCCUUAGCCGAUGUUCUAAUUCUACCAUUAGAAGAUAUUAUAUUAUCAACUCCCACUCCCACUACGUCAAGUGUUGAAAAAGAAACUCCUACUAAGGAACAAACGCCAGAACCGCCUCUGACCUCUUUGACUCAUACAGUAUUAAUUCUAUCGCCAUCCUUCGUAAAACUUCGUGAAAACUCUCCUCUAGUACAACCAUCUUCAGCAGCUGUUGGCGAUUCAAGUCAAAAAAACCUGUGA